UUGAAUUGCCCUGAGGGAGAGAGAGCAGGAGCCAGGAGGGGAAAAGUUGGUUAGAGACUCACAGGUGGAAAUUCAAGAAAGAAAGAAAGAAAGAAAGAAAGAAAGGGUUAGAAAACAAAACACACACAACACAACACAAGUUGCAAUUUUUAAUACCUCUCUGCUGCAAAAUUGGCAAUUGCUCAUCACUCGCCAGCAAGAACAAACAACACAGAAGAAAAAAAAGAAACUCUGCAAACGACACAACACAACACAACGUUCUUGUUUCUAAGAAAACCUCACCGAUAACAACAACGACGACGAUGCAUUCCGAUUGAUUUUUAAUCUUAAAAAACCACACACGCGCGCACACACACAGUAAUUAUUAUUUAUGAUGCUUUGUUGCUGUUGUUGUUGCAAUUUGAGAGAUCGAAUACAACCAUGGAUACGCGAUUACGAUAGCCUUCAGUCAUUCGCUGUAAUCCUCAUUUACAUACAGAUUGGAUGCGCGUUAAUUGGAUCGCUUGGAGCAUCUUACAAUGGUGUGUCGCUUAUAAAUCUUGCAAUUGCAUUGUUCGCUUUGGUUGCAAUUGAGAGUAGCAGUCAGAGCCUUGGUCGCACCUAUGCUUUUCUUCUCUUUUGUUCUAUAUUGCUUGACAUUUCUUGGUUCAUUCUCUUCACUCAUGAAAUUUGGAAUAUUUCUUCCGCCGAUUAUGCCAAAUUUUUCAUAUUUUCUUUGAAACUUACCCUGGCUAUGCAAAUUGCUGGUUUCAUAGUAAGGCUAUCAUCCUCAUUGUUAUGGAUUCAAAUUUAUAGGCUGGGUGCAUCCUAUGUGGACACAUCUUCUCGAGCAGCAGAUUUUGACUUACGGAGUAGUUUUCUGAGUCCCGUGACACCUGCAGUAGCAAGGCAAAUCUCUGAUUCCAAUGAGAUACUUGGAGGCUCUAUAUAUGAUCCAGCAUACUACUCAUCCCUGUUUGAAGAUAGUCAAGAAAACAAAUCUACAUGCGGGAUGCCCAAUCAUGACAUUACCCCGAAUGGGUCAACAUCAGCCACUGGAGUCUCUCAGAAGACGUCCAUGGAGAGACCUUUUCAGGCUGUGGAUGUAGGAAGAGAAUGUAUAAAUCAAAAGAUGGAACUCGUUUGAAAUAGAGACCGAAAUGCAUUGUUCUCACUCCUGUAUUGGUAUGAGUUUCUUUCUCGUUAUAGCAGCAGCCUGUAUGGGAGUGGGGUCUUGUACCAUAUGUAUCUGUUGGCAACUUUCUCAUUGUAAAUGUUUGGGCAGAAAGGAGAGGCACAUCACUGGUGCAUUCUAUGACAAAAAUGAAAUCCAAGGUUUUGCCGUGAAGCAAUACCUGACUAUGUCUGUGAAAAUUCAGCUUAGGAAGAAACCAAUCUAGUACAUUUUUGACAGAUCUGCAUAUGAGCAAGCAGUUCGGCAUGCUGCACCCUAGUUUUCCAUGCUGCAUAUAUAGGUGGAAAAUAUGUCUGGAACUUGUUCCGGGGUUUUUCUUGCCUCUUUUGUUGCAGUGAUUGAUUAGGAGGCGCUAGUUAGUGAAUCCAUAGUCAAGUAGCAGGCAUUUUUUUAUUUAAUUAUUUUUUAAACUAGACCAUGAGGAUAUAUAUACAAUAUUAAAGAUGCUAUGAAAUCAGUUAGUGUUCA